AUGUCAAAUGAUGACGAUGGAGGGAAGAACAAGAAGGCCGCCCUUAUCGGCGUGUCUUCAUUGUUUCUCGUUGCCAUGGUAGUUGCGGUGGCCGUCGGUGUCAACCGGAAUGACCCUGAUGAAAUUAGUAGCACCAGUGGUGACGGAGGCACGACGGAGAUCUCCACCUCCGUCAAAGCGAUUAAAGCCCUUUGUCAACCCACUGACUACCAAGAAACUUGCAUAGAAUCGCUCUCGGGAGUCAACACGAGCGACCCACGUGAGCUAAUCAAGGUUGGAUUCCAAUCUACCAUCAAUGAACUCAAAUCUGCCAUUGUAAAAUCCGCCACCCUAAAAGAAUUCGCCUCCGAUCCCAAGGCCAAACCAGCACUCGACGUUUGUAACGAGGUUGUGGAGUACGCAAUUGACGAUCUCAUAAUGUCGUUUGAUAGAAUCACUGACAAUUUCAAUAUCAACAAAAUUACUGAUUACGUCGAGGAUCUUAAGGUUUGGCUUAGUGCCACGUUGACAUUGCAAGACACUUGCGUGGAUGCAUUCGAUAAUGUUACCGGCGAUACAGGUGACAAAAUGAGGCAAUUAUUGAAGACGUCGAAGGAAAUGACCGCCAAUGGACUUGGAAUGGUGAGUGAGGUUACUUCCAUUAUGUCCUCUUUUGGGAUGCGGUUGGCUGGACGACGAUUGUUGGAGGAGGAAUCUAAUAAAGAGGAGGAAGAACCAUCGUGGAUCAACGACCGGCGCGGGCUACUCCAAGCCACUCCGAAAACCAUCCAGCCCAAUGUUGUGGUAGCUAAAGACGGAAGUGGGAAGUACAAGACGGUGAAUGAAGCAUUAUUUGAUAUCCCGAAAAAAAGCAAUAAAACAUUUGUGAUUUAUGUGAAGGAAGGAGUUUAUGAAGAGCAGGUGAUGAUGAACAAAAGUAUGACGUGGGUGAUGAUGAUUGGAGACGGCCCGAAUAAGACCAAGAUUACCUCCAACAAGAACUUCGCCGAUGGAACACCCACAUUCAAAACCGCUACCGUUGCGGUGGUUGGAACCAACUUCAUUGCCAAGGACAUGUGGUUCGAGAACUCGGCUGGACCAGAAAAACAUCAAGCAGUGGCACUCCGAGUUCAAUCCGACAUGUCAAUCUUUUACAAUUGUCAAAUGGACGGUUACCAAGAUACACUCUACACUCACACCCAUCGUCAAUUCUAUCGAGACUGCACCAUCACUGGAACCAUCGACUUCAUCUUCGGUAAUGCGGCCGUCGUCUUCCAAAACUGUAAAAUUUUCGUGAGAAAACCAUUGCCGAAUCAACAAUGCAUCGUCACCGCUCAAGGCCGAAGCCAACGGAAGGAGCCCACCGCCAUAAUCUUACAGAACUGUCUCAUCUCCUCCGCCCCCGACUACUUCCCUGUCCGCCACACCUACAAGGCUUACCUUGGCCGCCCAUGGAAGCAAUACUCAAGAACCAUCAUUUUGCAAUGCAAAAUCGACGACUUGAUCCAGCCUGAAGGGUGGCUUCCAUGGACGGGCGAUUUUGCUCUCAAUACAUUGUUUUACUCCGAGUACAAUUGCAGGGGAGCUGGCUCAAAGAAGGACAAUCGGGUCAAGUGGAGGGGAAUUAAGGAGAUUACUCCCGAGCACGCCAUCGAUUUCACCGCUGGGUUAUUUAUUCGAGGUAAUCCAUGGAUUAAGCCCACUGGAGUUCCGUACAGUUCCGGCAUGAUGACAUUGUCAGAACAAAAAUUGACCAUGUAA